AUGUUGGGUGCACUGGAAUUAGCAUGUCGAUAUCGAGCUUGGCGUGGUGGCGACCAGAAAAAUCGGAAACCUCACAAACAGACACCACUCACCAAAAUGGCGUCGAAAUUAAAUGAAGAAUCGAUCUCAUUGGAAUCGGUUAUGGCUGAAUUCAAAUUAUCGAAUACAACUUUGAGACGAAUGAUGCUUCAUUUAUCAGUAAGUGUGUCUUAAAUUUGUUAAGUAGAUAAGGGAAGAAAAAUAAAAAAUGUGUUAGAAAAUAAAUAUGAGAAACUUAGGACAAUAUGGAUCGAGGUUUGGAAUCUGGAUUGGAAAAAUCAACCAUCGCUAUGCUCCCAUCUUUCGUACCAGAAUUGCCAAAUGGAAAAGGUGAGCAUGAAUUUCGAAUUUAUUCUGAAAUGACCAAUGAAAAUAUUUUUUCCCGCUUACGCCGUUGAAAGGUCAUAAUUUCUCUUUAAAAAUUAGUCAUCACAUGGCAUUUCUAACAGAACGAGGAAAAUUUGUUGCCAUGGAUCUUGGAGGAACAAAUCUCCGUGUAAUGUUGAUGGAAAUCGAACCAGGAGAGCCGAUGCGAACAAAACAAUUCAACACCCGAAUGCCGAAUGCUGCAAUGCAUGGAACUGGGGCGAAAUUAUUUGAUUAUAUUGCAAAAGCGCUUGCCGACUUUUUAAUCGAAAGAGAAUUGGCGAAUGAGAAUCUACCAGUUGGUUUCACAUUUUCAUAUCCUUGCGAUCAAACUGGUCUAAGAUCAGCCACACUUCUCAGAUGGACAAAAGGUGUGACAGCAACUGGAUGUGUUGGAGAAGAUGUUGUGCAAUUAUUGGAAGAUGCGAUAGCCAGAGAUGGAGUGAGUUUUGAUUUUUCAAAUUUUUUUGUAAGUAAAUUAUAAAAAUAAUUAACUCCAGAGAGUCAAAGUUGAAAUCGUUGCAUUGAUUAAUGAUACAGUUGGAACAAUGGUUGCCGCCGCUUAUGAAGCUGGAGGACAAUGUGAUAUUGGAGUGAUUAUUGGAACUGGUACAAAUGCAUCGUAUAUGGAGGAUUCGAAGAAAAUUGUGCAUGGUUUGGCGAAUGCAACUGAUAAAUAUACACAUAAACAGGUAAUUUUUGAAAAAAUGGGGCUGAAAAUGUUCGUCAAAUCUGCAAACACGUUUGGGUAACAAACCCGGAAGCAGGAUUAAGCAAGUAAAAAUUUAUUUGCCGGGUUUCUGAAAACCGGAAUAAUUUUGGGUAAAAAAAUGGGCAAAAUUCAAAAAAUCAUUCUAUAGCUCAAACUUGACAAAAUUUAGCUUUCGAAAAAGCAAAAUGUAGCUAAAAAUGUGAAUUUAAAAAAAAAUUGAGUAUGAUUGUGCAAAACAUGAAAUUGAUUUUAACUAUGUUGAAAUUGAAAAAAUUCACAUUUUUAGCUACUUUUUGCUUUUUCGAACGCUAAAUUUUGUCAAGAUUGAGCUAUGGAACGAUUUUUUGCAUUGUGUCUAUUUUUUACCCCAAAGUUUCCCGGUUUUCAGGAACUCGGGAAAUAAAUUUUUACUUGCUUAAUCCUGCUACCGGGUAUGUUACCCAAUUGAAAAAAUAAUUUUGAGACCGGUUUUAUUUAUAAAAAUUCAUUGGGGUACUUCCUCGAUCAUUCUUUGUUAGCCCAUGUUUUACCAUAAAAAAGCGUCUUGUAAACCAUACGAAACAAAACGCGCUCUAAUGCACAAAUUUUAUAUGUGCGUGUUUGCGGACUAAUUUUUUUCAAAAAAAAAAACCAAACUGAUUUUGGACAUUCAUGUAAACAUGAUAAUUGGGUGAGAAUAGGGGAAAAAGAAACAACGACACUCCGGAAUUACGCUGAGGAAUUAAAGGGGGUUAAAUGAUGCUCCGCCUUUACUAUGAAUGAAAAGUAGUACAUAUAAAUUCAAUUUUUUUCAGAUGAUAAUCGAUACGGAAUGGGGAGGUUUUGGUGAUCGCGGAGAGGCGGAUUACAUCUUCACACGAUACGACAAAAUAGUCGAUUCUCGAUCAGAUCAUCCAGGCGUCAACAGUCUCGAUAAAUUGAUUGCCGGAAUGUGUAUGGGUGAAUUGGUUCGAUUGGUUCUUGAACGGCUGUGUGAAAACAAGGUGAUUUUCAAUGGAAAUGGCUCGAAAUUAUUGCGAACUGUCAACACAUUUCCCACCAAAUAUAUUUCUGAAAUUUUACAGUGAGUCUUUUGUUUUUUUUUUCAGGAAAAGAAAUAAAAGAGAUAAAAAUAUUGAUUUUUCAGCGAUGAUUGUGGUUCUUAUAUGAACACUCGUCAAAUUAUGGAAGAAUUGGGAAUUGAAGGAGCCACAUUCAGUGAUAUGCUUUUGUUGAGAGAAGUUUGUGUUGUGGUCUCGAGAAGAAGUGCUAAUUUGGCUGCUGCUGGUUGGUUUUUUGAAAAAAAAAACAUUUUUCGAAUGCCAUUAUUUUGGGGAAAUUUUUUUGCCUUAAUGAUAUACAUAUAAGUUAUGGGAAUACUUGAAAUUUUCAUGAAUUUCGAUGGAAAAAUCGAUAAUUUCAGAAUUUUCAAUAAAUGUUUGUGAAUUUUUUAUGUCACACUUCGAUUUCACCAAGUACAUUGAGAAAAAAAUUGAUAAUAAAAUAUAUCAAGAUUUUGAAACGUAUUUUUUUUGUUUUUGAAAAAUUAGUUUAAAAAAAAAAUUUUGACUGUGAAAAUGAGAAUUUGAGCUUUCUGGAUCCAAAGAAAAUCAAAUUUCUCAUUUUUGUGCUCAACGGGAGCAAUUUUAAGCUCAAAAAGUAGAUUUUCAAGUUUUUAUUAAGUUUCUCUAGCAUGAGUUACAAACAUCCAAAACCUCGGAAUUUUUAUUUUAGGCUCAUAUUGUGCUCUUCCCGUGUAAGAAUUUCUCAAAGUUCCCAAAAAAUCUAUUUUUUCAGCAAUCGCUUGUGUUUUGAAUCGUGUUCGAAAACCAUUCAUGUUGGUUGCAAUUGAUGGUUCAACCUAUAAAUAUCAUCCAUUUUUCAAUCAUUGGGUUUGCGAAAAAAUUCGUGAACUUUUGGAUCCUGGACUUGAUGUAAGUUCGUUCUUCAGUUUUAUUCCCUCCCAAUUUCAAUAUAUAUUUUUUCAGUUCAAAAUUGUACAAACCGGAGAUGGAUCAGGUCGUGGAGCUGCACUUAUUGCUGCAAUUGUAUCUCGUGUUAAAAAGGAAGAUGAACAAAGACAAAGAGAUUUAGAAGCCCGCCUUAAAAAGGAAGAGGAAGAUGUUGAGCGUAAGAAACGUGAAAUUGAAGCUGAAAAAUUGGAAGCUGAAGAACGUGGCAGGAAGAUGUCAGAACUUCUCAAAUAUCAAUUAGAACGAGGAGCUGAAGAGUAUCAUCUUCGCUCUGAUGACGAUUGA